CUCAACCAAGCCGAUGUAUGUCUUGGUUGUAUUGAAACCUAUCGAAACAAAUGGACGUCAGUUACAUACAGUACACCAAGUUCCUUCGAGUAGCCAGUAUUUACAACAGUAUACCGUUAAUCUUGCCGGGAAAUCGCAGUAUUUUCUGACAGUUAUUGUACACGAAGAUGUCGUAGAUCUCCUUUCCCAAGCAGUUGGGGAAUUACAUGAUCCAAAGGUCUUCACACAUGACAUUGAAUCGUGUUCCAUGAAAACCUUCACGAAAGUCCAUGAUGCUUCCGGACUCUUGCACCUAAAUUCUACUGUACCAUUUGGACUCAUAGUGCAUUCUAUGAAGGAUGAUGUUGCCUCCGGCCUCGAACCCGGAAUGUUGAUGGAUCAGACCAACUGCCCGACGGGGGUGGGAUUCAUGUACUUCCCGGCUGAUGACAUGUGCGUGAAGUAUGAACACAGGGAACUUACCAGGCAGUUUGCAAGCAUCCAUUGUCAUAUUCCAGGGGGCUUCCUCUUCGAUAUAAAGACGGACAAGAUGUUCCAGACUAUAAAAGGCAUUUAUGCCAAAUUUGGAGGUCCAGCGUUUAUUGGUGGCUUCAGGUACAGAUAUUCGGAAACGUUUAGAAUCUGGCUCUGGAGUGACUGUGAUCCAAUCACAGGGUGGUCAGCCAAGAACUCACGGUCAUGCUUGGCAUUGUAUGGGAGUGACAUGGAGUGGGACGGGAGGAAUUGCAACAGAAAUUCCAGUAGCAUCUGUGGAUUUGACGUACAACAUGUCUCUACCUCUGGUACAAUAAGAAGAAGUAGGAAGAGGCAUGGAACAAGAUGUAAACCUCUUCUCCCUGAUAUCAUUGAGAGACUAGGAAUGACAACAGGUACCAGUAUAUUGACCAGUAAAGAAAGCACCCAUCAUGACACCACGGCAGUUGAAACAGAUCAUACUGGAAUUCCGUCAACGACAGGCAUCACACCUGAUAGCACUGCCAAAGAGACUGAACCGACAUAUGAUACAUCAACGAUAAAGGAGGCCACGUCCAUUACUCGGUCAGAUGCCACCACUGACACCCUCAAGUGGACAACGGAAACACUGACAGAGUCAACUAUGACCGUAAAAGUCACAACAGACGCGUCAACCCAACAAAAGACAACAAAGAAUGUUCCAAGCACGUCAACCAGCUUGGAAACAAUGAAAACCACACAGAUCCAAUCCGAUGAGCCUCCUAAACCAGUGACAUUAACAGUCCAGUACGACCGGUUGCAUAGAAACACUGGACAACAAAGAACACUGAACAUGACAGCACUGAUGCAGGAGUUCCUCAAGUCACACAAUAAUUAUCUAACAGUUCUGAAGGAAAGGGAAAAUAUCCUGAGUAUGAUCAAGAAGGGGUCAUGGAGGUGUAACUGCUUCUGUCGAAGCAACCGCCUUCAGAAUAUGUCAAAGGAAGCUGUACAGGAACAUAGAGAGAGGGUGAAGAAGGAGUUGGGAGUGGAUACAUCUUCCCUCAGAAAGACAAGGUCAAAGAAAACCUGUGCCACUGAUAAUCGUCCAUCGGCUAAUGCUGUCGGCUGUUUUGGGUUCAUGUUCCUAAUCUUUCCAGUUGCUUUAAUCAUCCUGUCGGACAUCAACACUUUGCUAAUCAAACACAACACUAACUCCAGAAAGAAGAAACAGUCGGGUUGUUAUAUUAACCUGUCCAGAAGUUCAAUGUCCAGCAGUAGUUCAGGAAGUUAGAACAUUUCCUUUAAAGUAUUACACAAGUGGGACAAUGGGAAAUGGUGGUUGAGGGGUUGGGCU